AUGAUGUUCGACAACGAGGACUGGCCUUCUAAGUGUCGACGAAUGUUUGCACAACUACAUACGUUCCCCCGAGGCUACAUGAAUAACGUGGACGGUUCAAAAAAGGAUUCAUCCAUUUCAAAGUGGAGCAAUGAGAAUGUGAAGAGCAGUGCUGCUGCUGUUCACCACCUCCGGGUCCUACCAUCAAUGCUCUUAGGCGAUCAUCCCGGUGUUUUCCCGGAAUCCGAUCAAAAAUAUGUCCUACAACGAGUACUACAGUCUAAGCUGCGCGGCGGUUGCUGUAGCGGCAACGGCGGCGGCGGCGAGCGUUCGACGGCGCCGUCGCCGCCGCCGCCAUUACUGACAUCGUCGUCGUCGUCAUCGGUGGCGGCAGCAGCAGCAGCGGCGGCGGUGCUGGAAACUGAAACUACAGCUGGAGCAGUAACGUCAGCAGCAGCAGCAUAUCCGCUGCGUAUCCACGAUCGACACGCUAUCCGCGUAUCGCUUACGCUGUGCACUCCCGCAUUCACGUACUGUCUCCGCCUACCGUCUAUCUGUGCAAUCGAUGCGAAGAAGACGCACAGUCGGACCAUGCACCCCUUGAUGACCAGCGUGUUGGCGCAACGCCAACUUAACGCUGCUGGUCAACUGUUCACUUUGUCCGACUACGACGUCAUCACCGAUCUGCACACAGCAUUCAGUCGUCUGAAGGAAAUCUUCAACACUCCUCAUUAUGUGGAUCGUCGAGUUGAUCAAAGUGUUGUGGAGAUCGUUAUCGCCAGAAUUACGGCGGCAAUUAGGGAAACGGGUUGUAUUGAGACAUAUUCAGCCGAGUUAGUUGAUGUGCUUGAUAGUUGUUUGAAUCAUCCGAUGACUGUGCUGAAUUCGGAAGGUGAAUGGGUCGAUUCACCGCAUUGUAAAAUCGCUUCCGAUUUGUUGAGCAGUUUAUUUUUGCACUAUGCGAAACGUUCGGUAAUGACGUUGACGUUACCAGUUGCGAUGAAAGCAGUCGGGAGUUCAAACCAGGAACUUGUACGGAACACCACCAGCUACAUCUCCUUGGCUGCUAUACAUAAUGGGAAAGCGUUGUCACAUUACGCAUUACAGAUCAUCUCCUACAUCAUUAACGGUAAUCUUUCGCUGUUACGGGUACUACCGCAAGUCUACGCUGACAAUCGUGAACCAUUCCAUGCUCACAUUCCACAAUUAUUGUCUGUGCUUAGGGAUGCGGAUUGUUCCGAGAAAUUGUCAUUACUUCAACUUGCCAGUAUGAUUGCCAAUGAGAAACCUGACUUACUGAUCCCGCAUCUACCAUUAUUCGAUCAGUAUCUUCUGUCACCGUCCACUUGUACUGCCGUUCUCAACAUCUACAUGUCGCUCAUCUCACAAGGUCGAGCUCAUGCUCUUGCAUCAUUCUUGCCCACACUUUCUCAAGCCUGUCAACUGCCAGCAUUCAGCGGGAAUCUUGCCACGAUCUAUAAGAUUAUGGGCAACAUUGGACGGGUAUCGCUUCCGUUGGCCUCGGACGUCCUCGACGAACUCGUCCGUAACGCACAAAACAUCGACGAUCAACAGCUGUUAUCGUCCGUUCUUACGGAAAUUGAACGUGUCGGAGAGGCGUGGCCGUCGGCGCUCCGCCCACAUAUCGAGACAUUGCGAGCGAUUGGACGAGGUUACAAUAAACGAGUAAUCGACCGAAUUCUGGCUCUUGUUGGCAACUCAACUCGUCCAUCGAUGAAUGGUGAUAUCACGGUAAUCUCCAUAGUGAAUGGCGAGAAAAACUCAAGCGAUUCCCUUCUGACGAAGAUUUAUCCGAGACCUAAUGGAUCAGAGAUUAUUUCGAGGUCCGCAAAAGCGGUUGCGGCAAAAAGGAGGCAGGUGACCGCCGGUCCUCGAACGGUGUUCCCCGUCUGCGAGAGUCCAGCGGACAGUUCAGCGCUGGAGCUGGAUCGAAAUACACAUUCGCUGGCCAUGCAAUACCAGAACAGGAGCAGCGGUUCAUUGCCAAGACGAGCUGGUCACGGAAGCACGUCACAUUCCUUACAAGGUAUGCGAUCGACAAGCGAAAACGCCGGAUCAAGGGAUCUAUCGCAAUCGUCGGUGACCGCAUCGUCGUUGGCCGCAUCGACUCAAAUUCAACCAAAAACGCAAACAUUACCGGCUGGAUUCUCGCCGACCACCCAAAUCCAGAUUGGCAAAGAUGGUCGGGUUCGUCCUGUGGCUGGAACACGACGAGCUGCCAAUUGGGCUUCCGGAUACGAGACUACUUUCCCGGCAAACGCCGGUCCUGUAACGACGACGAAAAUGAAUCCGCUUAGCGAGGAGGAGGAACGUCAAUGGGCUAAAUCCGUGGAUCGAUCCGACGUCGUUCUACAGUUCGUCGAUCAUCGACGGAAUAAAAUUCGACGAUAUAUUGGUGAUGUUUCGUCACGAUUUCCAAUUCCCAUACAAUGUACGGUGGAAGGAUCGAAAAGUUCGAAGCAUCGAAUGAUUGUUCACUUCACAUGCCAAGUUCAUAGCGCUUACUGCGUUUUCCACGACGAUUACAUGUUCGCGUUUAAAACGAAAUUUGCCGCUGCAUGGUUGCAUUUGAUGUUUUUGCAGAUGCAGUCAACAUCUAUUGAGAAUGACUGCGGUGUUGUCUCGCAAUCCGCCGCCCCAUUUCUGACUUUAGCAAGGUGUUGGCAAUGCCUUCCGUCCAGGAUCACUAAGGAUAAGGCUUUUGUCACAUUGGUCACUAGUGCGUUUCCAACUCCGAAGGACCAAGACAAACUCUACAAAGAAUUGGAAGAAGCGUCAUUUUUCGACUGUUUCUCACUGGAUGGUCCAUCGAAUCGUUGGAGCUGCUUUAGUUGUUCGCAUCCUGAUCGGGUCAAAUCAUUUGUCGAGGACGGCUCACAACGAGUUCUUGAAGGUCAACUGAAGGAGAAAAAAGGUCGAUGGCGAUUUCUACGACGAUGGCACACCAAAUAUUUCACAUUGUCCAGUGCAGCGCUUACAUGUAGUUCGGAACAAGCGAGUGAGUCACAAACGUUGCUUCCGGCUAUUGAUCUACGAUCGAUCCGUUCUGUUCGAUCGUUGAGUCGUGGACGUAAAAGUCGAAAAUCUUUACGACGAGCGUUUGAGAUUUUCACCUCGGACAACACAUCGGUGGUGUUGAAGGCUACUGAUGAGAAAAAGGCUGAAGAAUGGUUGCAAUAUCUACAAAUUGCUGUGGCUCAUGCGAAAAGGGAUAAUGGUAGCUGA